AGCCUCGCACCUGCAAACCGAAAAAAGGGAAUGCUCCGGAGAGAAAUACAGCAAACAAACAGCACUCGGACUGGUAAACAUCUCACAUACAACAUCAGCUUUUAGAAGAAAAAAAAACGGAAAGGGUUAGCUCACCCCCUCCCUCAAUUUUUUUUAUUUACUUCUCUUCGAAACCUGUGUGACUUUCUUUUGACGUUUUUAGCAGAUAAAACUGCUCUUUUCUGUACAGUUACAUUUUUGACAUGAUAAUGACAACAACAAAAAAAAACAACAACAACCUGAGUGCUAAGGAGGGGAGAGAAAACAGAGACGUGAAACUGGGCGAUGCUGCAUGAGGGUGGGAGGGAUAGAGACAGAGAAACGGAGAAACACAGAUGAGGUGAGAAAGAAACGUAAGGCGCAAGAGGGAACAGACAGCCGGAGCGGCACACAGACAGACGGAGGUAAAGCAGGGGAUGGAGACUCCUCACUCCAACCGGCAACCAUGACAACGGAGGCAAGCGCAAGCCAAGCCCCCUGUACCAUUACGGCACCAUUAAGAGGGCUAUGAACCUCGACAGACAACGGGGAAGAUUACAAAACACAUGAAAGGAAGAUACUGAGAAUAGCAUCCUCGGCUUUUUAUCUGAACCAACCAGGAUUCAUUUCAAUUGUAUGGACUCUUUUUUAUGUCCAGUUUUUUUUCUGUAGAGAUGAAAGGUUGAAUACAGGACUGACCAACAGCUGGAAACCACAAUGUGACCCAUCAAUGGAGCACCUGUGAUGGGCUUAAUACCCCUCAAUGGUUGCUCUCCGGAGCGUGUGAUCAGAUGACGGACUAACCGACUCCAAAAUGAAAUGAUCUUGAAAUUCGCUGGUGACAUACGGGAGACGCAGAAGACGCCAGGGCAAAAAUGUGCAAGUUAAGUGAUUUGGAGAUGCCGAAUUGUCUCUCUUCCAACCAGUGCAUGGAUUAACUUGGGUGGAUCAAGAUGCGUUUUGGUCGAUCGGAUCACAAGUGGACGACGGGGUGUAAAACGGUUUGAGCUCGUCCACUUUCGCCCACAUUCAGAGCUUGCCCUGGACUCUGGUCAGCCUGUGCCACCACGUCUUUAUGAAACCAAUGGCGCAGCUGUACUACAAUAAGGCCAGUAACUCGCCGUACCGCGACCGCAUCCCGCUACAAAUCGUCCGGGCGGAGGUCGAGCUGUCCGCCAAAGAACGGGCUUACCUGACCGCGGUGGAGAAGGGCGACUAUGCUGGAGUUAAACAGGCCCUGGAGGAGGCAGAGAUUUAUUACAACAUUAACAUCAACUGCCUGGACUCGCUGGGCCGUAGCGCCCUACUCAUUGCCAUCGAGAAUGAGAACCUGGAGGUGAUGGAGCUGCUGCUGAGUCACGGUGUGCACAUGGGUGACGCGCUCCUCUACGCCAUCCGAAAGGAGGUGGUGGGAGCUGUGGAGCUGCUGCUGUCCUACAGGAAGCUUACAAGCGAGAAACAGGUACCUUCUCUCAUGAUGGACACACAGUUUUCCGAGUUUACACCUGAUAUCACACCUAUCAUGCUGGCUGCCCACACCAACAACUAUGAGAUAAUCAAGCUCUUGGUCCAACGAAAAGUCACUAUCCCCCGACCUCACCAGAUCCGCUGUGACUGCGUGGAAUGCGUUUCCAGUUCGGAAGUGGACAGCCUGCGUCAUUCCCGUUCACGGCUGAACAUCUACAAAACCCUCGCCAGCCCCUCUCUCAUCGCCCUGUCCAGUGAAGACCCCAUACUCACGGCCUUCAGGCUGGGCUGGGAACUGAAGGAGCUCAGUAAGGUGGAGAAUGAGUUUCGGCAGGAGUACGAGGAGCUCUCGCAGCAGUGUAAACUUUUCGCUAAAGAUCUGCUAGAUCAGGCGCGCAGUUCCCGUGAGCUGGAGACCAUCCUGAACCACCGGGAUGACCACAGCGAUGAGCUGGACCCUCGCGAGUGCAGAGACCUGGCCAAGCUUAAACUGGCCAUUAAGUACCACCAAAAAGAGUUUGUAGCUCAACCCAACUGUCAGCAGUUACUGGCCACACUGUGGUAUGAUGGUUUUCCAGGCUGGAGACGACGUCACUGGGCAGUUAAGCUGGUCACAUGCUUCAUCAUCGGCCUACUUUUCCCCAUCUUCUCCGUCGUGUACCUUCUGGCUCCGAAGAGCAUGCUGGGACUGUUCAUCAAGAAACCUUUCAUCAAGUUUAUCUGCCACACUGCAUCCUAUCUGACCUUCCUCUUUCUCCUCCUCCUCGCCUCACAGCAUAUCGUGGAAACCGAUCUGCAUGUACAGGGUCCUCCACCUACCAUUGUAGAAUGGUUGAUUUUACCCUGGGUUCUGGGCUUCAUCUGGGCAGAGAUCAAGGAGAUGUGGGAUGGAGGUUUCACAGAAUACAUUCAUGACUGGUGGAACCUGAUGGAUUUCGCCAUGAACUCUCUUUAUCUGGCCACUAUUUCUCUUAAAAUGGUGGCUUACUUUAAGUACAACAGCUCUCGUCCUCGUGUGGAUUGGGAAAUGUGGCAUCCCACUCUCAUUGCAGAGGCUCUCUUCGCCAUCGCCAACAUCUUUAGCUCACUGCGUCUCAUCUCACUCUUUACCGCCAACUCUCACCUGGGCCCUCUGCAGAUCUCUCUUGGCCGAAUGCUGUUGGACAUCCUGAAGUUCCUCUUCAUCUACUGUCUGGUGCUGCUGGCCUUUGCCAAUGGCCUCAACCAGCUUUACUUCUACUACGAGACGCAGGCGGUCGAUGAGCCCAACCACUGUAAAGGGAUCCGCUGUGAGAGACAGAACAAUGCCUUUUCUACGUUGUUUGAGACCCUUCAGUCUCUCUUCUGGUCUGUGUUUGGCCUUUUGAAUCUGUACGUCACCAAUGUCAAGGCCCGUCAUGAGUUCACAGAGUUUGUGGGGGCCACAAUGUUUGGCACGUAUAACGUCAUCUCGCUGGUGGUGCUAUUGAACAUGCUUAUCGCCAUGAUGAACAACUCUUACCAACUCAUCGCUGAUCAUGCAGACAUUGAGUGGAAAUUUGCUCGCACCAAGCUGUGGAUGAGCUACUUUGAUGAAGGAGGAACGUUACCUCCACCCUUCAACAUCGUACCCAGUCCAAAGUCUGUGUGGUACCUGUGUGUGUGGCUGCACUGCCGUCUGUGUGGACAUGGAGAGUCCAGACAAGAGGACGAGUAUAAACACGAAAACUUUAAAGAAUUUACGGAAAGACAUGCAGAUAACCUCAUUCAGAACCAGCAUUACCAGGAGGUGAUUAGAAACCUGGUGAAACGCUACGUUGCGGCCAUGAUCCGCAGUGCCAAAACAGAUGAAGGUCUGACGGAGGAGAACUUUAAGGAACUGAAGCAGGACAUCUCCAGUUUCCGCUAUGAGGUUCUUGACCUGCUGGGUAAUCGUAAAGCACCACAACGCGCCUACUCCCCCAACAGUGAAGGCCCACUACACGACGAACCAGCUGAGCAUGAGGAACAGAAACAGGAGAGCGGUAGCGAUGUAGGAAACAGAUGUGGUCCUUGGGAAAGGUCCUCCAGAUACGAGGCAUCUACCUCCUUCACUCAAUCCUACAGAGGCGGAGGAUCUCACUUCAGCGUGUCUGCCCUCUUCAAGUCCAUGGCGGGUACGGAAAGACGAGCUAGAGCCAGACCUGAAACCAACGGCCUGGGGAAAGACGUUUCUUCUUCGUUCGUCCAAACCAGCAACCGUCUGCAUCGGUUUUCACAUUCCAAGAAAAUCUCAUUGCAACGUUUGGGAACAAUGAUGUCACGUAUGAACGGACACUUGCCUGAUCCGCAGCAGUCCGCAUAUAGCAUCUCAGACAGGGUACCGCAAGCGGAUUGGCGCGCCCCCCGGGCGCUGUCCGAGUUAACGAGGAGUGAACUGCAUCUGCACACGCUGGGACUGAGAUCAACAGAGACUGAACAGAACCUGAUGCAGUCAACAUCUCAACAGGCAAACGGCACGGACAGCCUAUUCCUCGGGCCUCCCGGACAUUCGCUGCACCGUGCUUCCGGUUUGACCGCCUCUAGUGCCCGGCUCCUGGCCUCCAGUGAUGGCCUGUGCCAGAGCUGGAUGGAUCACUGUGACAGUUUUGGUUCCUCGAGCUGGGAGCAAGAGGAAUCUGUUACCACCCAGCUGUAGAUGUGGUACCGUCACUACUGUAUGCAGAUAUAGGGCUUAUUCGCAAACACCGGAAGUAGCUAACCGCGGCCAUAUUGUUGACAUGACAUCUGUUCUGCCCCUCUAGCCGCACGUAGAUUUGAGCAGUAGCCUAAUGGUUUAAUCUGGUUGGUAUUAAGAGAAGAUGAGCUUGAUUGGUGUGGACCCAUAUCAAAUAGACCCAAUAGCCUUAAGUAAAGAUCUGUCCUUAUUGCCAGCCGUAACUUAUCCGGAUAUUUAUAACUAUAUCGUUUAUACAGUAUCCGCAUACAUCAUACAAGCACUGAAGGGCCGUUCACAUUAUAACGAUAACUAUAACGAUAACUAUAUUAUCGUCCACAUCACCAAACGAUAAUCACUUGCCUUUAAUAUUGCUUGUAAUAAAAACUUUUGCAGAUGUCCUCAACACACUGCGUUUCGCGUAAAUCUAAACAGUGAAUCUAAUAGUUUGUGUAAUCUCUUCCCUUUUGGCAUAACAGUUAGUUAAUGUAAUAGAU